UUACUAUGCUUCUAGAUGUCUUGGCUAUGGUCACAUGAUUCUUUCAGCUACUGGGUUGAUGAGAAAUCUCCUGUGGGACCAGACCAAGCCACAGCCAUCAAACGUUUGGCCAGAAUUUCCUUGGUUAAAAAGAUCAUGAAGAAAUGGUCAGUGACUCAAAAUCUGACUUUCAAAGAGCAGUUGGAAGGUGGGAUCCGCUACUUUGAUCUUCGUGUAUCUUCCAAACCUGAGGAAAUAGGACAAGAGAUUUACUUCAUACAUGGCUUGUUUGGCAUCAAAGUAUGGGAUGGGCUGAAGGAGAUUAACACCUUUCUUGAGCAGCACCCUAAGGAAGUAGUCUUCUUGGACUUCAAUCACUUCUAUGCCAUGGAUGACAGCCAUCACUUCUUCCUGAUCAGUAGGAUCCGCUCAGCCUUUGGAUCCAAACUUUGUUCAGCUGAAUGUGUAGAAUAUGUGACAUUACAGUACAUGUGGGAGAAGAAACACCAGGUUCUUAUAUUCUACCACUACCCUUUGUAUCGGGAAUACCCCUUCCUGUGGCCAGGGUAUAAAAUGCCAGCACCAUGGGCUAAUACAACCAACGUGCAUGAACUGUUACAGUUCUUGGAGACCACUCUUGAGGAACGAAGUCGUUACGGGACUUUUCAUGUUUCUCAAGCAAUUCUUACACCUCGAGUGAAUACUAUUGCACGGCAUCUAACCCGUGGUCUGAAGAACACACUUGUUCAUAGGAACCUGCCCAUGAUUUUAGAUUGGGUGAAAGCACAGAAACCAGGUGUUAGAGGUGUUAACAUAAUUACAUCAGACUUUGUGGAGCUGGAUGACUUUGCUGCUACAGUUAUUGCAUUAAACGACCUUCUUUUAGAAGAGGAUGAAAGUGCAACUGCAUCCUGAUUGCUGUGUCCCACUUGUGCUCCUCGGUGGACAUCUUCAAACUACACUGAACCUUUUAUUUAAGUGAAACCCAUUUUGUAAUCUCUGGUUAUUUAAAAAAAAAAUUCUAGCGGAAGGAUGAUUCAACAUCACCUACAGGCAGGUCCCUUCUCCCAGUGAUGUGUGGAUCUGAGUGGAAGGGGAAGGGCUGUCAGUGCUGCUGCGUGUCUGUCUGUGGUUGCGUGUUUGCCCAAGUUACGCACACAUCCACGCGGUGUCUGCCUGCCAACAAGCGGCUGCCCUCUGGAGCAGAUGUACCCGAUUAUGUUGCAUGUCUCCCUGGUGACAGGACUCACCGUGCCCUUGCGUGUGCAUCCUGCUCGUUUCCCAACAGCAGGGCUGGAUCAAACCAAGGAUGGCUGCUGAUCCGUUAGCAGUGUGACCAGGCCGGCAGAGAUGGUAUUGUUCUUGGGCCUCCUCAGGCAUAGCUGGGCUCAGCUGGAGGCUGCUGCUGUAUUCAUUAUGCUGUUUUAGACACUACCUCUGACUUACUUGAAGAAACAAUAUUGCUGUUGUUCAGGGGGAAGCUGUUACACUGCGGUGAAUAUCUGAGCUCUCCUUUGGGCCUGACAGGCAAAGGCUUGGCACGCUCAGCCUCUUCAAAGUCCAAACUGUUGUUCUGGACCUUUUUAUUUUACUUUAAUACUUUAAUACAUUUAUUGCAACCAUGUUUAAGUGUGUUUCUUUUGGCAUUAAUUUGGAGAAUAUUUCAGUCUUCAAAUUAUGAGGAUCAUAAUUUACAAGUCUGAAUUCCUGUUAUCAGACAUUUGAGAAACCACAGUGCAACCUUUCUCUUUUGCUUGCUGGGCACUUGAUUUUUUCCCAUCCCUUGAGUCUUCUUUGGGGAAGGUCUCACACCCAGACAACCUUUCUCUGGAAAGGAGGUGGUCUGUGUGGGAGUUUGCUUGGUAUUCAAAGAACUGCAGCUGAUGGACUGCUCAGAACCCAAAUAUUUAAUCUCUGCUUUGCAAUGUGAAAGUGAAUUCUGAAAUUGGACCCAAAAGUUGUGCUUGUAGUCAGCCACAGCUAUGGGGGAGAAAUUUCUCCAGCCUGUACCCACUAGUGACAAAGCAAGCAAUAGUCACAGAAUCCCAGGCAGGCAUCACUGCUGGGACUUUCUGUAGUCAUACACAUUUUUGUGUUGAUUCACAACAAAAUGUGACCAUGUGUGCUUGAGCCAAUGCAGUCACAUGUUGGUACUUAUCAGAACUUAAUUGACUAUCUGAUAGCAGUCCUACAGUCUGAUUUGUCUUGGGUUAAAAAAAAGCAAAAGUGACUGAUUAGCAUAUACUUCUGUGCUCGGUCAUCUUCCUAAAGCAACUGUUGGUGCACAAAUUGUUUGGUAAUUAUGAAUUUGUGUUAAUCUCGAAGCUAUUUAUAAUAGAAUGUAUCAUCUUUACAGUUAUUUUACUCAAAAGAAAAGGGAAUCUUCAGAUUGGUUAUUUGUUUUGUUAUGUAUCCUGUGUCUGCCAUCAUGGUCUGACAGCCCAGAACAAAAACCCAGAAGCUCUUUGUUUGCUUGUCACAAACUCUGAAAUCAGGACAAGUUUAAAGGUUUGCAAACCUUCCAUGUGAACCUUGGCUGAGUUCUGUGUGGAGUGUAAUCUGAUUUAUCUGUUUGCAUGGUUUUCAUUAGAGUUCCUUGAAUUUUUUUUUAACUGAAUCCUCUAAGGGAGUUGGGGGUGGGGGGUGCCUGUCUCUCAAGCUGUCUUUCUCCAUUCCUCUGUUUCAGUGAUGGGGUGCAGGUCAUGAAAAUCAGUUUUUUGGGAGCUAAAGCUCAAAUUUCUAGUUUAAAACCUCCUUUGAAAACCCCAGCAGGCAGUUUUUAUUAUUUUUGGUUUUUUUUUUCUUGUUGAUUAAACUGUUGGAACCUGUUUUCAGCAGCACUAUUUUGUUUGCAGUUAUGUAAAAUACUUGGAUUUUCUGUAGCUGAAUUUUGUCUCAAUGUACUUUUCUCAUGGGCCUGACUGAAACUCCAUAAUAGUGUUAAAUGUAUGUGUUUGGUUUCAGUGGUCUUUUAACUGUGAAUUGUGUUAGAGCUCAGAACUCAGAAAAGUUUGUUUGAAUGCUGAUGGGGCAGAAAUAAUAUGUUUGUAAAGUUUCCAUGGAGGACAAGGUGAGAAGGUAAAGUGAGUAGGAUGUUUGCAUUCGAUCCUUAAUAUAUUUUGUACUGUAUACAUCUACCUCAAAAGAGAUUUAUCGGGCUUAACCGGUAUUUAUAUUUGUGCGUAAAGAGUAAUGACUUAGUCCUUCUGUUGUAUUUAUUUGAAUAAAGAUGUGAUGGUUGUAACUCAGGGCUUUGGUUAGAUAUCUUUAAGGAUAAGCUCAGAAGUUUCUCUUAACAUAUUUGCUGUUAGCUCUUGCCUCUUGAAAUGGGACAAAGGCAUGCUAGUUGUUAAGAGUGUUAGCAGAGGGGGAAGAAAUGGAAAAUAGCUUUAGGAUUAAUGAUUAAAUGUGUGUGGUGAGGAAGCCACUUUUGUAAGGUUGGCCUGUCUGAAGAGACUUACGUGUCAUUUCAGAGUAGUGCUUGGUGUUACCCCUUUCUCAGGAACCUGACAGUCUCAAUAGUGAGUUGGGCAAUUGGCAGAUACAGUUGCCUGCAACAGGGUAUCUCCUUUGGAUACUCUGGGAAACCUUGAUGCUGAUGUUUAGAUUUGGUUUUAGGGUACCUAAAAACUACCUGCAUAAUAGGCUUAUCUUUCUGGUACAGCACCACAAUGUACCUAGAUUCCCUCAUGCUUUGCAAAACAGAGCUCGUCUAGACUUGGACUUUGGACUGUGGACUCUCCUUUCUGGCAUUAUAAAAAUGAAAAUGUGAGCUGGGCAGGAAGGGCGAAUCAAGGAAGUAGGGCAGUAGCUUUGCAUCUGCUGCUCAGGUUGAAGGUGUGGCAGUGUUUAGGCAGGUUUCAGGCAGCAGAGUGGAGCAGGUCUGGCAGGGGAGUGACAGUGGCUGCGGCUUGUACUGAGAAACUUAACUGAGAGUCUGGGCUCUGAGUGGGCUGCAGCUGGGUAGAGUAUGGAGCAGCCAACAGCUUGCUGCAAGGUCGUGUAUGUAUGAGCCUGAGGAAAGUAGGGUGGCAGGAAUGCAAGAGAAGACUGGGGGUUCCUUGCUUUUGAUGUAGACCUGCAUCUGUUGAAUACAGUGAUUGUCUUGCUUCUAUCUUCUCCAAGCAGUAGGAUUCACUUUUAAACAGUUUAGGUGGAAGACUCCCCCAGAAGAACUGUUCUGAGAUCUUGACCAUUUUGUAGGUGGCAGGAGAGGAAAAGCCAGGAAACUAGUAGUUGCUCGAGGCAAAGUAGUUGAAUUCCAUAUUCUUGAAUAAUUACUUCUAUGGUUAUUACGGAUUCAGGUUACUUAAACGUUGUUUUAUGGCUCUUGCUUCUCCUCUUAACAUGCACUCACUGAAUGCUGAGCACACUGGUGGUUUGUCUGUUCCCCUGGUGCUGAUGGCUGCCAAGUGCAAUUCAAGGGCAUACCUGAAGCACAGGAGACCUCUGUAUGUAUUCCUGGUGGGAAGCAGCAGGGAGAAAUCUAUUAGGAAGCAUAUGUGAGGUUUUAGCAUCUUACUGUGUGCUUAUAAGUGGGGAAAAAGAGGAAUUACUACUAGAUUUUGCUGACUGACAAUCUCCCAGCUCCUUAUUUGGGAACUACUGGCCUAAUACAUUUAACAGCUGUGGAGCUGGGUGUUGUAAUACUGUUUGGGGUUUUUUUUGAGGACAAAAGACAAAUUCCUGCUGUCCAGUUUUAUCUCAGGAGCUGAAGGCAUACCAACUUGCAUGUGCUUUGCUGUGAUGGAGAGGGUCCUGCUGGAGACAGUGCUGGCAAGGCAGAUUUCAGGGGUGCUGUGCUCAGUGAGAGAUGUCAGACUUGGAGUCUUCCAAGAAGAAAUGUUGACUGCAAAAAGACCCCUAUUCUGCCAAACAGACUCUUUGGAGAAGAAAGGAAUAAUGGAGAAAUAGUAUCUUUGCUCCUGACACAUGCUGUUUUCUGCUGUGUUGGUACUGAGUUAAUAUGUUGGACUUUAGAAAGCAUCUGUGCUGUAAAGCUGAAGAAGCACUACUGAGCAGGGAUUUUGGCUCAAACCAGAAGUAGGGCAUCUGCCAAGAUGGUUAUCUAGUGUUCGCAUCUGGCUAAGCCUUUGGAAAUAUUUUCUUUGCUUACCUGUCUCAGGUGUCAGAGUUCAUUGCUGUAUCAUCUAGCAGACCAUGGUUUAGGACUUGUAUAGAUAAAGAAAGGACAUGGCCAUUUUGAUUUAAAAUUAGUUUACCCAUGGAAGUCUGACAGAUAAUGUGUGACUUAAGGUUUACUUGAAUAUACAAAAUACAAAAAUACGAAGCCCAUAUGCAGUUUUAGUGAGAUUUUCAUCUAGACUUGAUCAUAUUGUUACCGAUCCCUAAUCAACAAAUUCUUUGGUCAGGUGUCACUGUUUGGGACAAAACUUCAGACAAAUUUUCAGUGGUUGUUUAAGCACAGAGAAAUUGUCUAAUGUGAGGAACAGAACCGAACCAAAAACUUCAAAAUUGAAAUUGGGUCAAGAUUUAGUCCUUUCAGCAGUGAAAAAGUUUGGUUUUUUUUUUCUUCCUGUAUCUGACAUUCUUAUUCUGGCUUUGGUUUUUCACUCAACAGAUGGUUGGAAGAGCCAGAGCAUAUGCUGAGGAGCAAAUAAAUUUUAUGCUAAGGACAUGUAUGUUGGGCUGUGGUAAGAGUGUAGUGAUAUACUUAGCCAUACCUUUCAAUGAUAAUCCUGUUAGCUAUUUGACUUAGGUUGUUAAAUCAGUCUCUAUUUUGUAUUAAAAAACCCAGUCCCACUGAUUCAAUACGUCUAUCUUGUUAAAGAAAUACGUGUACUUCUGUAAGUGUAUUUAUUUCUCUACAAGUCUUACCAAGUAAACAAGCUUUAACUUUUAAUGGUAGGGACUAGAAUAGGAAUGUCAGCUUUAGCACUGUUUGCUGAAUGUAAUCAUAUUUUCUAUUCCCGAUUAUUUGUAUUGUGUGUUGUUCAUUGAAACAGUACUUCUCUUACCCUUUGAUAGACCUGUGAUAACUUCCAUAUCUCACUUAAACUGCAGUGUAUUCUUCUGAAAAAAGUAUUGGUAUGUACAUCCUAUAUCAAAAUAGUUUUGAUGGUUCUUCGAUUUUUCUAAAUGUCAAAUGUAUUUUGCAGUUGGAUUUUUUUAUUUGUGCUAUUUAUACUGUAGAAGGGGGCAGAGGGAGCCAGGUGAAGAGGAGUUACGAAUUCUCAAUUUGUAUGUUGUGCAGUUUUUCUUCUUUCUCUUGGCAGCUUGUGCUUUGCCCAUCUGUCCAAUUCAGUUUUGUGAAAACAGGAUGCCUCAUCUGAACUGCAGAUAAACUUGGGCUGACAUCUGUUUGUUUCUGCUUUACUCUGCACCUAUAUCAUUGAGGUUUUUAAUCCUGAAAAUAAAAAGUACAACUUGAGUUAAUCAUC